AUGAUGGCCGAGAUGAGUCGUGAGGUGCCCGGCGGCAGAAAGCCCAUGCACUCGUGGGAGAAGUGGUACUGGGGAGCUGGCGUCGGCGGUGUGUCUGUGUUUUUGUUUUGGCGGCUGAAGCCUGAGGGCAAGACGGAAGAGCAGAUACAGGAGGAGAAGCGCCGCGCGGCUGAGCUGGAGGUCAAGCGCAAGGACCACCUGCGGGCGGUGCUGGCGGUGCAGCGGCAGGGCGGGUUCAUCGUAGAAGGCGAAGACCCGUUGGACGGCCUGAGCCCGCAGCAGAUAGAGGAGUUCAUGGCCAGAGAGGGGAUCGACCCAAAAGACCCGCUGGAGGGCAUGUCUCCAGAGGAGAUUGAUGAGUACAUGCGGCGCCAGGAGCAGGCCGCGGCCAGCAGCGGCAGCGAGAGCGAAAGCAGCCCCGAAGGCAGUGGCGACGGCAGCUGA